CUAUGUGGUGGUGAUGCCCAAUAAGCGCCAGGCACUGGUGGAGUACGAGGAUAUGAACGGAUCAUCCACAGCUGUAACCUAUGCUGCAGACAACCAGGUAUACAUCGCUGGCCACCCAGCCUUCAUCAACUACUCCACCAGCCAGAAGAUCUCCAGGCCUGGAGACUCUGAUGACUCAAGAACUGUUAACAAUGUUCUUCUGUUCACCAUCAUGAACCCUAUCUACCCCAUUACCACGGAUGUACUCUACACUAUCUGCAACAACUGCGGCCGGUCCAGAAGAAUUGUUAUCUUCAGGAAAAAUGGUGUUCAAGCAAUGGUGAAAUUUGACUCUGUUCAGAGUGCACAGAGGGCCAAGGCAUCGCUCAAUGGAGCAGAUAUCUACUCUGGCUGCUGUACCCUGAAGAUCGAGUAUGCAAAGCCCACUCGUUUGAAUGUGUUCAAGAAUGACCAGGACACCUGGGACUACACAAACCCCAAUCUAGGAGGCCCAGAUGAUGUGAAUGCCAACCCCAACAAGCGCCAGAGACAGCCUGCUCUGCUGGGCGACCACCCUCCAGAGUACGGAGGUGGUUACCAUGGAUAUGAUGAGAGCUAUGGAUCUCCGCCCUACGAGGGUCGUCGUAUGGGUCCACCAAUGAGAGGGCGUGGUGGGAGAAGUUAUGGGCCAGGCUAUGGACCACCUCCCCCUCCUCCUGGCGAGUAUGGCGCACAUGCUGAUUCUCCAGUUGUCAUGGUGUACGGGUUGGACCCAGUCAAGAUGAAUGCUGAUCGUGUCUUCAACAUCUUCUGUCUCUAUGGGAACGUAGAGCGGGUGAAGUUCAUGAAGAGUAAGCCCGGGGCAGCCAUGGUGGAGAUGGGAGACUGUUACGCAGUGGAUCGUGCAAUCACUCACCUCAACAACAACUUCUUGUUUGGACAGAAACUGAAUGUGUGCGUGUCCAAGCAGCAGGCUAUUGUCCCCGGUCAGUGCUAUGAGCUAGAAGAUGGCACGAGCAGCUUUAAGGAAUUCCACGGCUCCAGGAACAACCGGUUCACCUCCCCAGAACAAGCAGCUAAACACCGCAUCCAGCACCCAAGCAAUGUGUUGCACUUCUUCAAUGCCCAGCCAGAAGCCUCACCGGAGAUCUUCUCUCAGAUUUGUGACGAGAUUGGUGUCAAGCCCCCUGUUAAUGUCAAAAUGUUCACAGGAAAAAGUGGCGCUGCUCCCAGUGACCGUAGUGCUUCAGGUCUGUUAGAGUGGGAGUCCAUUAAUGAUGCUAUGGAAGCUCUGGCCAUGAUAAACCACUACCAAAUGAAAAAUCCAGCUGGUCCCUACCCUUACACCCUCAAAUUGUGCUUCUCCACUGUUCAGCACGCCAACUGAGCAUCCUUUUGUAUCCAGGAAGCAGCAGAGUGGUCCUCCAUUCCCAUGUUCACGUGUGCUUAGACCAUGACUGUUUGUGACACACUGAGGACGGGGGGGGGGGCAGAUUUAAAAAAAAAAAAAAAACAAAAAAAAUUCAUGUAUUGUAACCUCUCACAAUGCAGUUGUGAUUCCUUGUAUUUGAUAUGUUAAACUUAACAAAUGCUAACAAGCAUUUAAGCUUUUGGUAUACAUCCCCCAGAUAUGGUGUGUCAACACGUUUUCACCCCAGCGCCUCUCCUCACUCCCCUGUCGUUGGGCACUUUGCUUCGGACAUCUGUAUAUGUGCCCUGAGAGUGAGAACGGGUUGGCAUUAGAGUAUCAGUUCUUGUGUGUCUUCAGUCUUAUGUUGUCUAUUUUACUUUUUGUAUUAUACAGGAACCUGUCAUAGAACAUUUGAAAGAUCCUGUUUUAUGCGCAGGUGCUUCAGUGGCUGUGGACAACAUGGUUUUGUAAAAGCUCUUUUUUGCCACUUUUAUCACUUUUUUUUUUUUUUUUUUUUUUUUUA